AUGUACACUUACCUUCACACCGGGUUUCAGCAGCGACCAGAGUCUCUGACAGAAUGUUACAGACAGCAAACAAAGCUGUUACCAGUAGCAAUAACUUCAUUUUAAAAUCAAACGGAUCGAUGAAACUAAGAGAAUGAGAAAGAAGAGACGUUGACAACUUGUCACUUGACAAUGUAACCAGAUCUUGAGAUUUUCCUUCUUUCUGUAGGGGCGGAUAUCGGAAAUAUGCUAGGGAUGAUUACAAACUCCGUGGAGCAAUCGCUUUGUUGUAGAGAUUUCUUUUCUUGGAUACUUUCAAUUACGGAAUGGAAUAUAUUUUAAACUAAUGAGAUAUUGUAUUAUAACGUCUGCAAUAAAUUUUUUUGUACUUCUCGAGUGUUAUGUAUUUAUAUGUGCUUUUGUCUAUUUACAGAGAUAUAUACUGGGUUUAGUCUCCAAUUGAUUACACUCGCGAUGUAUAUUGCUUACUAUCUUAAAAAUCACACGCGUAGCCGAUUUUAUAUGUUUCUGCUAUGCGGACUGAAUUGUCAAGCUUAUUAUUUCAACGCUCUCACUUUCUGUAUAUGUGGGCCUCUGCCAAUGUGCCCCGUCAGCGUGUUGACUCUGUGACGUCAGUAGACUUGGCGUUCAAUCAUUGGUCAUCUCUUGAUGCCGGUUUUAUUCGGCGAGAUUCUCGUCUAAACUUCUUCAAGUCAACGAAGUGGCGUCUAAAUUAGAGAGUUCCACUUUAUGAAAAAAAAAAAAAAAAAUGAUGGCACCGAUUAUCUCCCUUCGUCAUCAUCAUCAUCAUAAUCUUCUUAAGUAAAGCAAAGAAUCCAGAGAAGAAAGUAAGGAAACACUUAACACUGAAAAGCUUUCUAUCGUCUCAGCCAUGGCUUCACCGGCUGUGCAGGCUGGAGCGGUGGGCUCUGCAGGAUUCGGCCUACAUCUCGGUUCAUCGGCUGCUUGUGUUGCUUUUACAAAGGAUGGACGAGUUGAUGUUGUUGCAAAUGAUCUUGGUGAUCGUACCACUCCUUGUUUUGUGGCUUUCACAGAACAUGAUAUGGCUGUUGGUUUCGCUGCAAAGCAGGGCUAUGUACGGAACACAAAGAACACAAUAUACCACGUCAAACAGUUAUUAGGCAAACCUUUCCAAGAUGAAACUACAAAACAGUUCAUGAAUAAAAAACAGGUUCAGGUUGUCAACCGGAAGGAAGAUGUUGCUUUUGAGGUGGACUUUAAAGGCAAAGUAACUGUCUUCUCAGUAUCAGAGAUUUUAGAGAUUUUAUUUAAGAAAUUACUUGAGAUUGGUCAGAGCAAAGCUGGUAAAGGCUGUUUUGAUGCUGUACUUGCUGUACCGGUUAGCUUCACGACAGACCAAGAAAAUCUACUUCGACAGAUUGCUACAAAAGUUGGUUUCCAAGUUCUACGAAUAAUUCACGAGCCUGCAGCUGCUGCUUUAGCAUAUGAUGUGCAACAAGAUGAAUCCUGCAUUUCAGGGUAUGUACUUGUAUUUCGACUUGGUGGUGUAUCCUGUGAUGUGACACUGAUCAAGUUAUGUGGAGGGAUCUACUCUAUAGUAGCAGGGGUGUCAGAUUACAGUCUGGGUGGAGACAACUUUACUGAGGUUCUCUUGCAACAUCUUCAAGGAGAAUUCAAAAGGCAGUGCCGGCAUGACAUCAGUGAUAACAGUCGGUCAAUUGCAAAAUUGCAGCGAGGUGCAGAGAUGUGCAAACAUGCCUUAUCAACUGUUAAUAACUCCCAUUGUUCUGUUGAAUCACUCUAUGAUGGUAUGGACUUCUCAACUUCUGUUUCACGGGCCAGAUUUGAGAGUCUUUGUACCUCCUUGAAAAACCGUUGUGUUGCUAAAAUUGAAGAAGUUCUUAGCAAUGCAGAUUUACAGAAAUCUGAUAUUGAAAAGGUCAUACUUUGCGGUGGUGGCUCCAAAGUUCCAUUGGUGCAGAAGAUGGUGUCUGAAACUUUUCCAAAUGCCAAACUCUUGAAUCACAUUCCACCAGAUGAGGUCAUUGCUAUUGGGGCAGCUAAAGAGACCAGUAUUUUGAAAGCUUUUAAAAACAAAUUAAUUCCUGAGAGUGAACAUCAAAAUAAAGUGAAGAUUCUGUCUCAAGCAAUUGCAGUAAAAGUGCGAGAGAAUCGAGACAAAACUACUUAUAAGGAUUUCCAGACUGUAUUUAGCAAAUCUACUCCAAUUCCUUCCCACCAGAAAUUUGUCUUUUCAGCUUCGUCUCAAGAAAGUGCAUUCUUUCUUGAUGUUUUGGAAUUGGAUGAUUGUCCUGAAAGAGAUGAAGGUGAUGAGAAUAGUGAUAAACUUCUUGCAUCGGUUGUAAUGAAAAAUAUUGCUCAAGAAGCUCCUAUAUCAACGUCUUUUAUUUUAACAAGAGAUAAAUUCCUAGAAGUUGUUUGCCAAGAAGAGACAACAAACAAGAAAUUAACUGUACAAAUUCCUGUCAGAUAAUAUUGGCAGCAAGAGAUUAGACAAAAAAAGUAAUUGGAACUUUUAACAGCUUUACUUAAAAUCGUCAAUGGCUUUCAGAAAUCAUAAAUAAAUAAUUUUUUAUACUUACAA